AUGGCGCUAGUCUUCGGUGGUGGUUCCAUCAAGCUCGGCUGGGGUCACUGGCAACUUCGUGCCUCGUCUCUUGCGAUGUGCGGCUUCAUCGGGGCCAUGGCAGCAACUAAUGCUUCCACACGCGGCCUAGCGAUAACCAUGUGUGCUCUCGGAGCCUUCGCGGUCGGUAUCGUAGAAGUCGUUGGCAUCGUCGCCGUGCCUUUUACGGUUGCACCAGAAGACCUAGGCCUCGCUAGUGGUCUUCUAGGCUCAGUACGCUCGACUUUGGGCUCGGUAGCCACAGCCAUCUUUUCAAGCAUUCUCACCACACAGAAAGCAAAGGAGAUCCCACCUCGACUUACUUCUCUCGCGUCUCAAGAUGGCCUUGCGCCUGCAUCUGUCAAGGCCUUGGUCAAAGCUGGACUUUCGGGUGCUGCUGCGACAGUUGCGAAGAUUCCCGGUAUCUCAGCAGAGAGACUACCGGCAUACAUUACCGCCAUCCGCGAUGGCAAUGCUAAGAGCUACCAUAUGGUUUUCUACUCGAGCCUGGCAUUUGGAGGGAUUGCAGUUAUCUGCGCGUUCUGCUGCUCAGAGUUCAAUAGCCACUUCACGAAUCGCGUCGACCGCAAGUUGCAGCAUCCCAAGAAGCAAGGGACUGAAAAGGAUGUGUAA